UUCAUACACGCUUUAAUUUUCUUGACUGCCUCCAAACGCGCUCACUUCAACUCUCUUGAAAAAGAAAAAUAGUAGUUUGAAUUCUUUUGUUUUUCUUCUCUAAUGGCGACCUAUUCGUUUCAGUCUCAUCCUUUUCUUCUUGACUCCAUUUUCUUACCAAACACGUCCACUACCAAAGUGUCUGGUUUGGUGGAAGAAGGCAACAUCAUUAAUCCCAAUUGUUUCCCUCAAUUUUACCAGGAUUCACCUGUUGGGUCUAUGCUCCAUCAAAGUAGCUGUCUUGAUCACAGUUCAAAUGAGCCUUCCACCGUGACUAAAAAACAGAGCACCGAAGAUGAUUCCUCCACUGCGGUGGAUAAGCUUGAAAGUGGUGAGCAAGUCACUCAGAAGAAAAGGACAAGGAAUGGGACAACCUCGAAUUCUGCACAAUUUAAGGGUGCAAAAGAAGGGAAAACCAAGAAGCAAAAGAAGUGCAAUGACGGCUUGAAAAAUGAAAAGAAAGGGUGUAACUCUAAAGCUGAUAAGAAAGACCAAGAGAAAUCAACCGAGCAGCCACCAACAGGUUACAUUCAUGUUAGAGCCAGGCGGGGUCAAGCCACCGACAGCCACAGUCUAGCAGAAAGGGUAAGAAGAGAGAAAAUAAGUGAAAGGAUGAAGACAUUACAGCGACUUGUUCCAGGGUGUGACAAGGUGACUGGAAAGGCCCUUAUGUUGGAUGAAAUUAUCAAUUAUGUUCAGUCCCUACAAAACCAAGUUGAGUUUCUGUCAAUGAAGCUUGCUUCUUUGAGCCCCACGUUCUAUGACUUUGGAGUGGACCUGGAAACAUUGAUGAUCAGACCAGAAAGGGUGAGCAGUACUGAAACAUCCCCACUUCCAAUGCCAUGUCCACAACAAUGUAACCCCAUUCAGACCACCAUUGCCCCAUCUCACAUUAAUUAUCCUCUUCUGGAUGUUUCAACUGCACUUUUUCUUCAACAGGGGCUAAGGCCCAAUCUCUUUUCUCACUCUCAGGAUAAUGGAAGUGUAUUGUGGGAUGUGGAGGACCAAAGACAAAAAAUUUUCAACUCAUCUCAGCUCAACGACAACUUAUGUUUUUUCCAUUAAUAUUAAUGCAGAGAGAGAGUGAGAGAGAGCUGCCCUACAAACAUCUGCAAAAAAUACCGGAGAAACAAAGAUUCAAAACCAAGGUCAUCUGGCUUUUUUCUGCAUAACUUUUCCAUGGAGGAAUUAAAAGCAGCAUCUGAAAGAUGAAUAAAAGGGCAGCUUGCAAAGCAACAUUGGAUGGAGGAAGAAGAACACAAAAGGACAGAUAUAAAACCGACCAAAAAUAAGACCAUAUCUUUUUGUAGAUCCAUUGUUCCUGUCUAUUUUGACUCCCCCCCAUGUCACUUUCAUGCACAAAUUCCUAGACCCUACGCCUGUUUAGUGUUUCUGCCCCAGAACUAAAACGAAGAACCCCUUAAUUUAUUUUCUUUCAUGUAGUAAAAGUAAAAAGUAUGUUGUAAUGUAAAAAUCAACUUUAUAAAAUCUCUUUUCCGUUGCUUUUA